CUAUCGUCACCGGUGUCUCGACAUCACUCCAAUUGAGCAGGGUGUUGCGGUCAGCGGUGUCAGGGACGCUGAUUUCUCCAAUUGCUUGCUUUAUAUCUCUCGUCCUUAAGCAUGUUUGAGCAGUAGCUUGCUACGUUUUCCUCUCACAACCUGUCAUCCCAUUCCGCGGCACAGGUUUGACAACUCCGAUCACGAUUGAUUGUCCCUCGAUCCCCCUUCCAAUAUCCUACUCUAUACUCUCGUCAAUAUGCUUCAACCUCGGUUGGCCCUGACGGGUCUUCGGCUCCCUUUCAGAUGCCUCUCUUCGGUCAUCCCGCCCCGGGCAUACUCGACUGUCGUCCGCGAACAAGAGAAGCCGGCCGCCAACGAGACUUCGAGUUCAGCAUACGACACGAGUAUCUCCUUCGCACCUCCACCCACCCGUGAUGCUAGUGCUGUCAUGCGCACAUAUAAACCACGUACCCCCGGUAUCCGACAUUUGCGCAGACCCGUCAAUGACCACCUGUGGAAAGGUCGCCCGGUGCAGAAGUUGACGUUCCCCAAGCGCGGUCACGGUAAGGGUGGUCGAAACAAUUCAGGUCGAGUGACUGUCCGGCAUCGUGGUGGUGGUCACAAGCGCCGCAUACGAACGGUCGAUUUUGAGCGUGCUGCUCCAGGGCCACAUGUGGUGGAGCGCAUUGAACAUGACCCUGGCCGGAGCGCUCACAUUGCCCUUGUCCGUAGCCAGGAGACUCAGAAAUUGAGCUAUAUCCUGGCUGCAGAGGGUAUGAGAGCGGGCGAUGUUGUUCAUAGUUUCAUGCCUGGCAUCCCGGAGGAUCUGUUGCAGAGCAUGGGAGGAAGUGUAGACCCUGGUGUGCUUGCUGCCAGAACUGCAUGGAGAGGAAACUGCAUGCCUUUGCACAUGAUGCCUGUCGGUACCCUGGUCUUCAAUGUUGGUCUACGUCCGGGUAAGGGAGGCCAGCUCUGCCGCAGUGCUGGUACUUUUGCCACGGUCCUCUCCAAGGGUGUCGACGCACAGGUGAACCCCGAUGAAACCGAGAUGGUCUACAAAGACAAGGAUGGAAACGAAACCACAAAGCCUCUAUCCCAGCGUGAAAAGCAAAGGCGGCAGCGCGUCGUUGAGCAUAUUACCAUUCGUCUCCAGAGUGGUGAAGUUCGACUUAUUCACAAGGACUGCUGUGCAACUGUUGGUGUCGCCAGUAACCCCAUGUAUCAGUACCGCCAGCUUGGAAAGGCUGGACGGUCACGGUGGCUGAACAUUCGCCCUACGGUUCGUGGUCUUGCCAUGAACGCCCAGGACCACCCCCACGGUGGUGGUCGAGGCAAGUCGAAGGGUAAUGUUGAUCCAAAGAGUCCUUGGGGUCUGCCGGCCAAGUCCGGAUACAAGACUCGCCCUAAGUGGAAGGUCAACAAGGCAGUGGUUCUGCCCAGAGUCCGUAACCAGGGCAAGCGUCGUCGCGGAUACCACUGAGCAUGCCAGCGACUAUGUAUACAUUUCUCCCUUGUCCCUUCAUCCUCUUUAUGGCAAUAUGACGUUCUACUGAAGUGUGGUGAUAUCACUGUACAGGGAAUGAGUUGAGUAGGGUAGAGUAUGAUUACUCUGAAAUUCGCAUUUACCCAAGGUCCUUUUUGUCAGUACUUGGUUUUAGACUGCCGAACGCUUAAUUGCCUGUUCAUCUUGUUGUAACAUAUCGGUUCCCUUCACGUGUCCGUUUCUUUAUACUCUGGCGUUUCUCCUGUAUACUACAUGGGGGUUGAAUACAACCCUGUUGCCUCGAGAGAGCGGAUGCGAAGUGUUUUCGUAAUGAAACUGGUUCUUUGUAACGGCCUUGUU